GGCCGGGGCUGCCAGCGCGUCCCCAGCGCCCAGCGCCGCGCGAGAGCCGAGAGCCCUGUGGUCCGAGUGUGCCGACCCAAGCACCAGGGGAGCCCUUCCGUCUCACGGCCCCCCCCCGGGCCCAGAAGCCUCGGAGACUGACAGCUGUUGGAGAAUCCACCUUGCUCAGCUGGCCCAGGCCCUGCGGUCCCCAUGGCUGCCGGGAAGGGAGGUCUGCGGAGCCCUUCAGCUGAAAACAGAUGGCGGCUUAGUGAACCCGAGCAGGGUUGGGGCCGCAAGCCAGUGCUGCUGGAGAAAACAAACUGCCUGGGCUCUGAGGCUGCCCCGGGCAGCGGUGGCCGGGAUGAGGCCUGUGCCGAGAUGGCGCUGUCAGCAGCCCCGGGCAAGCUCAGGCUGGGAAAGCUGAUGCCCCGGAAGGCUUGCUGGGAACAGAGGCAGAGCGCCUUCAUGGAGGUGCCUCGGCUCAAGAAGAGGUUUGGGGGCAGGCAGGCCCAGGAGAGGGUGCACAGUGGCUCUGCAGGCCAGCCUGGCCCCCAGCAGCUGGCCCUGGACAUCCCCAGGGACCCAGCUAGCAUCACCUGCUUCUCAGUGUGGCCCAGUGGAGCCCGCAGGGAGCAGAGAAGUGCCUUCAGCAAGCCCACCAGGAGUCCAGCAGGGAGACCGGGGCCAGCCUCCGUCUUCCAGGCAGGCGGACCUAUAGACGCUCUGGGGGAGCUGCUGGGACUCAUCAACACAGUAGAUGUCACUUGCUGGGGUCGACUUUCCAACUCCAAGCUUUUGGUGGGUGAUUUCUGGAACCUGCAAAUGGUGCCACCAAAUGCUCCUCUCUGCGGCACUUUCCUGGGUGACCCCAUGCUGUGGCUCAAGCAUGCCACGGCCCAGAUACCCACACCUCCGUCGUGCUCCUCCACUGCCUCUUGGGCCCUGCUGCCCCCCACGCUCACCUCCCUGGGCCUGUCCACCCAGAACUGGUGCGCCAAAUGCAACCUCUCCUUCUGCCUGACCUCCGACCUGGUCUUCCACAUGCGGUCCCACCACAAAAAGGAGCACGUGGGGCCCGACCUGCAUUCUAAGAGGCUGAGAGAAGAGGCCCUCACGUGCGCCGUUUGCCACGAGUACUUCCGCGAGCGCCACCAUCUCUCCCGGCACAUGACUUCUCACAGUUAACAGGUGGUUUGGAACAAGGGCGUCCAGCGCUCAGUCGUGAGACUGAGAUGGCUCACGGGGCCUUCCUCCGAAAAGACUGGUCACAGUUGUCCGCAGGGCUGUCUCCUUGGGCAUUUGAGGAUGAACAGCUCAGUCAUAAUUGGAAAAAGUCAACCCGCCCCCAGGAUGUGCUUUAAAGGAAGUAAAGUCGUGAAAUGAUGCGCUUUGCUAAUGGCAGGGUGUGGUGACGAAUAGGCAUCAAGUGUUUCUGACAUUUUCAAGAGUGAGGGCUCUGCUCCCGUCACUGUAACUCUUGCUCCAUGUGGAAGCAAGUCUGGCACCCAGCGUGGGCUUUGGAGGCAGACAGACCUGGAUUGGGAUCUUGGCCCUUUCACAUACUGGCCCUGAGCCUGGGCAAAUUGCUCUAACUAUCUGAGUCCCGGCGUUCUUCUCUGCAAAAUGGAGAUGGUGACACCUGUGUCUGAGGGGUGUUGUCAGGAUUGUAUGGGAAGACGUGUGGGAAAUGGCCAGCAUGUGCCCGGCAGUGUCAUCACAGAGUAAACAGUACUGUUAGCAUGAUCCAGAUUAGUCAACUAUCGUUAAGUGACAAAAUUUUGGUGGCAAACAAUGCAGAGCCCCUGUUUCUCAGUCAUGGGCCUGUGGGUUGGCUGGGGUUGAGCUGGGCUUGGCUGAUCUUGGCUCCAAGGUUGCUUUUUCUCUCAGGACUGUUGGGCUACCCAGUCGCGCUUCUCUCAUGGUUACGCCAAGAGCACAGUAGGACAAGUCCAAAUACCCAAGCACAACUCAAGCCUCUGCUUGGCUCGCUUCCACUAAAGUCCCCUUGGCCAAUACAAGUAGAUGGCCAAGCCCAAAGUUAAGGGGUGAGGUGUGCAUAUGGCCAACGGGGAAGUCAUGAGUGAGUGUAUAAUCCUACAGGGGCCGGCGGAAUUGGGACCAAUAAUUCAACCAACACCUGGUCGCUGGUUCUUCACAUUCUGAAUACGUGAAAAUGGGAAAAUGAAACAACGCAUACAUGCACACAUACACGCACACACACCCCUUAACUCUCAGGAGGUGAGCAUGCACAAAACCUUAAGGCUUGAGACAUUGUGAAGACUGGGAGAGUUCUGGGUUCCGUUUAUUUGAUGCAUGUUGAGUUUCAGUACCUACGCUGUUUAUCUA